UUGCAUUCGAUUAUCUGAAUCAGCCCGCAAAUGGUAUUCAUCGCACGGGAGCAAUCGCAGUUGGAGCUGUAUCUGGCUAUAUAAUUGCUAUUCGCCGCGGUUUCUUCCGACGUCUACUAUACACUAGCAUAGGUGGAUUGGGUGUUGCUUCAAUUUGUUAUCCAAAAGAAGCUGAAUUAUAUUGGCACCAAGCAAUAAAUGAGACGAAAACAUACGCUACUAUUCUCUAUAACUUCGCAUAUGGUGUUAAGCCAGGCGAUGAGCCAAAGCCUCUACCAAAUUUGAUCCCAGCCAAUCUGAAGGACGGUUUUUACAACGUCAAAAGCUAUUUUGUUUCGGAGAAAAAAUAGAGAUUCAACCGUAACGCAAUUUAAUCAUUUUUAACGUAAAAAGAUGUAACGUUUUUAGUCUUUUUUCCGUUUAAAUGGAAUGAAAUUUCAGUGUAAACCAACUGUAUGAUUAUACUUAUUCGAAAUACAUGUUUUCUGAACGCUACCCAGCUUCUCAAACGUUUGAAAUGAUAACCAUUCCGACUACUCUGUGCCGGACGAAUUGUAUAAAUAAACAUCUUACAAGAA